UUUGCCCCCGUUCGGCGAGCAGGCUCCGAGUGUGGCGGGCCUCCUGGCCAUGGCGGCGCUGGGCCGGCCCUUCAGCGGGCUCCCCCUAGGCCGCAGCCCCGAGUUCGCGCAGCCCGCCGGCCUGGGCCUGCCGCGCCCCUGCCUCAAGGCCCCGCGCAACGCACCCCGACCACGGGUCUUUCUCCACAAUAGAAAGAAGCACAAGAGAGAAGAAGAUGAUGAUGGUUUACCAGCAAAUAAGAGACGACUGACCGAGUGUGCGCUCGGUCCUGUGGACCCUAAUCUCCGGGACUGGGUUCUCCAUGAACACGAGCAAGGUAUGAGUCAAGGAGUAAGCCAGUGCAUUGGUGCCCUCCCCACCCCCAGCGCCCUGGAUGUCACCUGCGAAGAAAUGGAUCAGACAGCUGGAGACCAGCAGUGUGAAAUGGCCCGCAGAAAGCUUCAGGAGAUUGAGGAGAGAUUGAUCGAUGAAGAUGAAGACGUUGAAGCUGAUAGAAGUGUGAGCAGUUUACCCACGCUCAUUAUGUCUGAUGCUCUGAAAACAGGUCUGAAACGGGAAUUGGAUGAAGUCCUCACGAAGAAAAUAAUUGAGUCCAUGAACCGUCCUUCCAUGGAGUUGGUGCUGUGGAAACCACUUCCUGAAAUUCUCCCCGACAAGCCAAAGCGUCUAUCUGGUGUUAAGAACUUCCCACAAGAAACAAGAAAGGGCCGCGCCAAGCCAGGGGUAGCCGGAGCCGGCUUCCAUCGGCGAACUGAACUCUUCUCUGAGGCUCAGCCAGCAGAGAUACCUCUGUACAAUAGCUUGGAGCCAGCGGGGUAUACAGAAGAAGAAAUGGAACUCUAGACACCCAUUGGAAAGAAUUUUCUGAACGUUCCUGGGUUCGAUUGUGAGACUUUCCUAGCGGACAUUGUGGGUUUGAAAGUCAUUCCAGUUGACAUUCUGCCCAGGGCCUGUGUGGGACAGCAACUUUUUGAAAAGGGAGUUGUUUGGAGCGGGAGGAAGCACUUUCCAUUUGGUUGAUUGGGACUGUCUGAAAACUGCCUUGGGAGGAGGAUUAAAGUCUAGAUAAUGAAUGUAUUGGUGGCUUGGGCCAUCCAUUGUACCUUCUGAGCCAUGAAAAAUUUGCUGGGGGCGAGGGGGCGGUGCUCCUCGGUGUUAGCAUUAGUAGUUGUCAUUUCACAGGUGGAGCAGGGAUUUUGCCACUCUGGAGUGUAGCCUGACAGUCUUGUCACACUUUGUAACGUCAGCAAAGAGCUCAGGGGCCAGUGGUAUCGCUUAACAGGUAGGAGGAAGGGACGUGACCUGUAGCCGAAUUUAGUGAUAAGAAGUAACGUCGGGGAUCGGGAGGCAUCCUGUAUUAGUUAUCUACUAACUAGUUCUUUUGACCCAAGGACAAGUAAAAGUGAGCCUCCUCUUUUUGCCUUGUAGGAGUGGAGAGAAAUCAAGGUUAAAACCGUGGUGGAGGGUUACAUGAGAUUUACAGUUGUGUUACUGUUCACCCCUUAUCUCGUAUGACCUGACGUGACUAGUAGUGAUCCAGAUGGGUCAUCUGUAAUGUUUGUAGUAUUGGAUUGCUGAGGUGCUUUAAGUUGAACCCGUGUGACUUGUGCCAAUUGGCUAAAAGGGAGUAUCCUUCAGGUAACUGAGUGCUUUCACUUUCCAGGGUUGAGGAUGGUUUCUCUAAACCAGAAGAACGUGCCCUGGGUGGCUUCCCCUAACGUAAUUCGAGCAAGAAUUCAUUCUGCUAGUGACGUCUGACACAAAGAGUGAAUUUCGAAUUCAUUUUAGUGUACAUAAAUAAACAGCUCGUGUACAUGGUGAUGAGCCCAUUAUGCAGCAAAGACUAUCUUCAGCAGUCUUCUCAGUAACGGGGUCAUCACCUCUGAGCUCCUUAAUCAGUCCUCACGGGUUUCCUCUGGAGUCAUCUGGAAUAAGAUAUUUGGGUUAGUUUUUUUUCCCCCCUCAGGAAGAUGAGCGCUGGCUUUCUGUUGUUGAGUUGGAUGCCGAGUGAAUUAAGCGUGCUAUGUUACAACUGAAAGUCCUCCAUGAGGUGCACUGGCCUUUCUAAAAACUUACUCAGGUGACGGCUUUUCCCAUUUCUUCCUGCUCAACCAACUAGCAUUUCCUACAGGAAGAAGUGCUUCAUACUGGUAGGUAGAGUGGGUGGUGGAAAUCAGCACUUUAAGCAGUUUUUAAUCUCUUGCUGAAGCCUCCUCCCUUGUUACAAAUAUAUAAAAGGGAGAUCUGGUCUGUCAAAAGAAGUAGCUUCUGCUUUUGCCUAUUUAGCGCCUGCCGUCAUUAUCUUUACUUCUUUGGGUAACCAGAAAAAAGUUGAAUAUUUGUAACGAUAUUUGUAGACAUCUAAUUAGCAAUCUAGUUUUGAACCAUUUUUGAAGCCACAAGAAACUAGCUCAAUCAGUCUCUUAGGUUCGGACUUGGAAGCUGAAGGUGGCCCUUUUUGGUUUCUUUUUCUAACUUUUCUAAUUGUAAAUUCCCUAAAAAUAAUGGCCUGGGAAGUUCCAACUCCAUGGAGCUCGAUUUUCAUGAAACCACCUUGCAAAAUAUAAAGCCUUAAAUAUUUUGGUGCAAGAAGGAUUGCUAGAAUACCUGAACAGAGGGGAACAUUUAUCACCAAUUAGAGGUACAAUGCUGGCUCUGAAAAGGGGAUCAAACUGUACUCUCUCAGAAUUGUUUUAUCUACAAAGGUUUAGAGCCUGGAAAAGUUUUUUAAAAAAGGUCACAGGUUUGUUAACUCCAAAUGAAACUGGCAGUGAGGUAGCAGGUUAUAGAAAAUACAUAAUUCAGAAAAGUUUUCUAUGCUUUGAUAUCUUUUUUUGCAAAAAAAGGAAAAAAAAAGGUUUUGAUGUUCCUGCCUGAUGUUUCUUUUGCGUAUGAUACAAAUAUAACAAAGGUUACUGUUCAGAUGUUCCUUUUUCCUCUUCAGGUGCUUAAUUACUCUGAGCCAUCCUACUCAGACCUUAGGCUGCCUCUACUUUUUUUUUUAAGCAUAAAGCUUUUGUUCUUUAGAGGUUUUUCUAUGAUUCGUUAUCUGUAUUUAUUUAGGGUUACUCCUGCAGCAUGGACCAGAAGAUGGGGGAGAAACAAGGGGGGAUUUUGUCUGGAGCAGGUGAACUUUUAUAAGCAAAGACUGAAUUAUUUGUAAAAUUUUACAGGUGGCAGGAAUGAUAUAAUGCCAGGGAAGCCCUGAAAAGUUUCUGGGUGUUUUAUUUCCAGUUGAGAAUCUGGUCUUUUGGUAUGUCAUGGUUUUCAAUAAAACUUUUGUGUUUUUGACUUA